AGCGGAAACUUUUUGAAUGCAAACGGGCGCGGGUUUGUGCUUGCCAUUCAGCGAGGGAAAGGUGGAAGUAGGAUACCAUCGUCCAGACACAACAGAAGAAAACAAGUAGCAACCUGAGAUCAACUUAACGUCAAGAAGUUUACGUCACUCACGAUGUCGCACAAGCAAAUCUACUACUCAGAAAAAUAUGACGACGACAAAUACGAAUACAGACAUGUCAUGCUGCCUAAAGACAUCGCCAAGUUGGUACCCAAAACCCACUUGAUGUCCGAGACCGAGUGGAGGAACCUGGGCGUUCAGCAGAGCCAAGGCUGGGUACACUACAUGACUCACCAGCCAGAACCGCACAUCCUGCUGUUCCGUCGUCCACUACCCCAGACAGCGUGACACUAUACGAAGGGAACCGAGAAGGGGCGGGGAAUGAGAGAGUGAACUGCCCGAGGUGCCAGCGUGACGAUGCCAUUUACAGGAAAGGGAUCCCGGCUGGACAGAUGCACUAUGCCUUUUGUAAAGAGCUUGCCUGACCCAGUGACCAACCCCACCACUGCCCCACUCCCCAUGUUUUUAACCCUUCAAUUAAUUAUACUGUUCAUAUGUCGCCCCUGCUCUGGGUCUGUUUGGUGCCUGUAUCGGAGUAACUGUAGUUACCUCUUUAGAGGCGUAAUGAUGUUCUUGUGAUGUUCUUUCAUGUCUGUAUGUUUUCCCUCCUCUUCAUAUUUAACUGCUCUUAUCUGUGUUAUCCAUAUAUAUAUGUGACCCCCUUGUUGUCCCAUGUGGUUUCAGAACAGCUUACUAUGUAUGAACUUCAUUUUACACUGAAAUAAAUCUUUCAAACAACAACAAA